UUAUGUUCUGCUUCAGUGAUUUCUGUUUUUAAAGGGCAGAUUUCCUUUCUUGAGCCGCUUCUCUUCAGUCCUUUGUCUCUAUAACGACGGAACAAAAAAAAAGCAACCAGCAGAGAGUAUAAAAGGCAAAUCCAGCACUUCUUCUGCAUUACGGAAAACGCGAUGUUUUUCAAAUGGAAAUCCAGCUUGAGAUAUGCUGGUUCUUCUUGAAAAUCAGCAGCAGCUGCUUCAAAGCGCAGAGCGACGGCGACGGAAGAAUAUCGCUGCGAUUCAUGCGGACCAGAUGAACCCGGACCGGACCGGGCCGUCCCGUCUGGAAUCAGACACUAUGCUCCUCGUGCCUUUUCUCGCCUGACGUAGAAGCGCUCUGCUGGUCGCCUUCAGACGAACUGAGAUGGUCCAUUUCAGCGAUGGCUAAGGGUCUUCUUCCACGAGCCUGGGUGAAAAAGUCUUUCUAUUUCCAGGCUCGGAUCUCCUUUGUGCGGGUGAAGUACCUGUUCCUCACCUGGCUCACCGUCCUGGUUGGCAGCUGGGUUCUCUAUGUCCAGUACUCGGCUUACACAGAGCUGUGCAGAGGGCAUGAGUGCAAGAACGCCAUCUGUGAUAAAUACAAGAGGGGAAUCAUCGAUGGCUCUGCCUGCAGCAGUCUGUGUGAAAAAGAAACGCUCUACAUGGGCAGGUGUCUGUCUACACUACCAAACAACCAGGUGUACACAGGAAGCUGGGGGGACCACAGCGGGAUCAUCCGCUGCAAACUGGGGGAGGUGGGUCACUAUGAGCUGGGCGAGGAGCCAGAGCCACGAAGAGAAACUCCAGUGUUCGAUAAGCCUAACAGAGGAACCUCUGUUGAGAAGUUCAAAGAGAUGCUCUUCAACCAUCUCAAGUCCAAGCUUGGGGAGCAUGCGGACCUUCCCAGUCUUGUCAGCCAGAUCCUCACCAUAGCUGAUGGCAACAGAGAUGGACGAGUGUCACUCCCAGAGGCUCGUUCAACGUGGGCCCUUCUGCAAAUGGAUGAGGUUCUGCUGGGCCUGCUGCUCCAGGACCGUGGACAUACACCCCGGCUUCUUGGCUACUGCGGAGAUCUCUACAUGACAGAGCAGAUCCCCAACGGGCCCCUCUAUGGGUUCUCAUUGCCUUGGCCUCUUGUUUCCUGGGUGCCAGGAGGUUUGCAGCGCACCAUGGACCAGUGGUUCACCCCUUCCUGGCCUCGCAAAGCUAAAAUCUCCAUGGGCCUGCUGGAGCUCGUGGAGGACAUUUUUCAUGGUACCUAUGGGAGUUUUCUGAUCUGCGACCUCGCUGCCAUGCACUUUGGUUACACCAACCGCCAUGAGCUCCGGCUCAUCAACACGCAAGUGUUGGUCCCUGAAGAGGAGUUCAAGCGCACCAUGAGAGCCCUGAAGUGUGAGACAGACGCCGACUGUGUGUAUGGAGCGGACUGCCAGACCUCAUGCGACUCCUCUGAGAAGCGAUGCAGGGAGGAGCCGGUUCAGCCCAACCUAGCAAAAGCGUGCGGCGUGUUGAAGGACUACAUCCUGCGUGGGGUGCCUUCAGAAAUGAGAGAGGAGCUGGAGAGGCAGCUGUAUGCCUGCAUGGCUCUCAGAGGUAACGCUGGUCAGAUGAACAUGGAGCACUCGCUCAUCCUCAACAACCUGAAAGCUCUGCUGUGGAAACGGAUCUCACACACCAAGGACUCAUGAUGUUUGGCAUUGUCGUUUUGAAACCAUGAUCAUCAGGUCUCCAAGUGGAGCAGAGUGAAAGCAAUGCUGUGAUUUAUGAGUAGAAUAUAUAUUGAAAUCAUAUCUAUCACCUUCUAACACUUGUGAAUAGAGAUGCACUGAUGAGAACUUUGGGGCCAAUUUCGAAUUUCUAUAAAGGAUGAUCAAUUUUCACACUGCGAUUUCUCUUUUAAAACUAGUGUGAGACAACACUAAGACACGAUUCCAAAUAUUUUUCAAGCCUGUUUGCUGUGAGCGGCCAUAUUUAAAUGGAGCAGAAACAACAACAAGCAGGUGUGUGAGAGCAGUAGCUUUGUAGCAAAGUUUUAUUACUGUUUUAUAGUCAAGAAAAAAAAGCGAUUGGACAUUUUCAGCUGGAUUUAGCAUUUUAUUAGAGAUUAGCAUAGUUAGUAUUAAACAGUAUUAUUGAUGUGUAAUCUCUUUAGAGUAUUUUGAUAUUUUCAAAUUCAGGAUGUUCCCUUUAAAGAUAGAAGUUUAAAUUUCAAACAAUUAGAACAAAGCACCUUUACCAUGAUGCGUUCAGCCUUCCUAUUAGGUUUUGCCCUCCUCCUGAAAGGAGGUGCUCUAAUUCAUCUUCAUUUUGUAAUGCAGUGUGAUAUUUAAGUGCAGCACCUUAAUUUAACUGUUUGAAACUAUUUGAAACACCAAAUGUACUGUAAAUAAGUUAGCAAGUUUAAUAUCUUUUGUUUUUACUCCUUGGAACAGGUGUGUAAAAUAUACAACCACAACAAAAUAAAAUCAAAUGAUGCCGCUGGGGGGCCCCUGGUGGUGUUGGGGCCCCAACACCACAGCUGCUUUACUUGCAUUUGACCGGGGCCAGUUAGAGUAGGAUUUUAUUUUUAGUUUCUCACCAGUCAGGUCUGGUUAACCAAGAAAAAACAACAAUUUGCUGCGCCUUUAUUCUUACAAAUGAUAAAUCCAGUUGACCUACCUCCUCUCUUCCUAUUCUAAAAGUUUAGGGCCUAAAAGCUGAACUCAGUGAUUGUGUGUUCUCAUCAGGCAAAUCUGAAACAAGUCAUAGAUGGUAACGUUGUCUGUUGUUCACCGCGGUGGAACGUUAUCUUUGAGAUAAUGACUCAGUAACGAAUUCACUCGUUCUGCCAAAACCCUCCUGCAGCGAAUCUACAUCACCUUUACUCUGAUAUGAAGAAGUAUUAGAAAAUCAGAGUGCACUUUUAAAUAGGAUGAGAUAAAUAUUUCAUCUAAUCCACAGGGGACCACUGUUGGCACUUGCACUCCUUUAUUUUUUGAACUACAUUUAGAAAACAAAACAACACAAAAUAUAAACAAAACAUGCACAUCAAAAAUGAAGCUUAAAACUGUUUUAUAUCUCACUAAAUGACAGUUUUUGAGGUUAGAAAACAAGAUUCUUUCCUACACGCUUAGAACACACCAUGACUUUAGUAAACUCAAACAGUGAUAGAAAGAUGAACUACAACGAGGCAACAUAACACUGUUGACGUAAACUAUGGUACAGCUGCUUAGAUGAACCUUCUAUCAACAAGAGAUCUUGCUGUUCUUUUAAAGAAGCUUUGCUUUCAGUUUCUUAUUAUCACAACAUGAGAUGUAAAGUCAUUGCUGAAGCUGGAAUCUGAAAGUUGAGAGCUGGUCAAAGGUUUACAUUAUUGUGCUGGAUUUCCUGAUUUUCAACAGGCUCUUUCUGGGCCCAAUGAUUGUACAACAAGGUGUGUUUGUGUCUUACAGGUUCAGGCCGUUUGAUGUGAUCAUAGAAUAUGCUGUCUGAACUGUCUUGACAAUUUCCUUUUAUCAAGGGUGACAGUUUGGGUCAGAGGAAUGAGACGUUGAUGCUGUCGGGUGUUCGAACUGGAAAACAGUUCAACGACAUUUCAUAAAUGUUUUGGUAAUGCAUAAAGCCAACUAACAAUGGAGCUGACCCUAACCCACACCACUAACGGCCCGUUUACUCCCUGUAAAUCAGCUGUUAAUAAGCUCAGGCUCCAUGUAAAAACAGAAAGGGAACCAGAAGCUUCCUGUUUUCAAAUAAACCAAGCAUAUCCAACCCUGGAAACAAAGCAUUACCAUAGGUACUGCUAAGUUAGAAUGACAUUCUGGCAAAUGUGGCCUACUAAUUGUGUUCAAAAUGAUAGAAUUGAGAUGUUUUUUUUUUUUUUAAAUGAUACAUUUAUUUUCAGAAACAGAAAUGCAUUAGAGAGGAAGAACAUGCAAACUCCAUGCAGAAAGACCCGACGCUGGGAUUCAAACCCAGGACCUUUUUUCUGGAAGGCAGCAGUGCUACCAACUGCUUUCCUCUGUAAAGUAUUUGAGAUCAUUCUGGUAGAUCAGCCUGUUACUUUCAGCAAUUCCAUUUCUGCUCUCCCUUCAAUCAGCGUUUCAGUCAAAGAAGCUUGUUCUGGACAACGCCUGGACCAAUAUUCCUCUCCUUCAUCCUUUAAAUGAGAAACCAACUGCUUAACAACUAGAACCUCAACUGAUUGAAUUUCACACUAUUAUUUUGAACUCACCCCCUUUUAAUUAAUGGGUACUUUACCCAGAAUCAGCAGACUGCAGGACAUGUCAGCUGGUUUUCCAUUUCUCCACUCCAUCUAGAGCUAAAUCAUUUUAGCACCUAGAAAUAUUUCUACUAAAAACUGAUGAGUCGGUCUGAUGUCGCUAUUUUGAACAUGAUCUUAAGUGUUGAAGAUUGUGAACCGACUGAUGGCUAAGAAAUGAAGAUCAGAAAAGCUUUGACUUGUCCAGGUUAGCAUUGUCUGAGAUGGUAAGACAGGAUAAACUGUACUCUACUCCAAACUGUGACUAAAUGGAACUGCGUAAACCUUUGACCUCAGUGACAGGCCUUCAUUUCAGUCUGAAUGUCUUUAUGCUCUCGAGCACAGGAAUGUUUUUCAAAAAUGUCUGUUUUCGAACUAAGAUAAUCCCUUUUGGCGCCAUGUUUGUUGACAUGAUUAGAAUUAGUGGGUCAAUCAUGACUAUGACACUGCUGCAGAACACAGUGGUGGAUGAUCUUUCCUUUUAUAAAGGAUGUUUCUGAACGUAGCAAAACCAAUCUCGGUGUUUGUUCUGCCCAUGUCUUGAAAGAAUUCUUUUAUUAUUAUCAGACCAGAAUAUGGAGGUUCAGAUUUUCUCCACUGCUUUUGUCCGGAUGAACUCUGAAGGACACGGAUCAGGACCCAUCUUGCUGUGUAUCUGUGUUCAUCAUUCGCUGUACCGGACAAAAACCUUCACAUAUAAAUUUUUCAUGUUUGUAUUUCUCACUAAAAUAAUCUGUAAAAUGGUCUAUUUUUAAUCCUGUGUCACACAUGAUGCUGAAGUUAUUUUAAGAAUGUUUACCGUCGAUGGAAAUGUGAUCUUAGACACCCAAUGCUGAAUUAUUUUUUUAUCAUUCCUUUUCAUUGUAGUUGGAUUCAAGUAUGAUUUCAACCACUGAAUUGUAGACUGAACUGACCUGUAGAGCACAUCAACAUUGCAGCCAGUGCUGCCUUGAGUUGUGAUGUUUACUAUUUGAAGAAACCAGCAUGAUUUUUGCACAAUUAAAUGCCAUACCACUUACUGUC